AGGGGUCAGAAACGGACGGCUGUAACGCGAAGAGCGAUUGCUUCCGACCACCUUUUAAUGGUGGUGCAGCGCAAGUUGAAUACAUAGUGAAGAACAGCAAUCACACACCCCAAAAAGGCGUGUCGCAUGCUGCAACAUGAGCUCUGGUACCACAAACGGUGACGCCACAGCUGCGACUACAGGUAGUAGUGGCAGCCACAGCGACAGCAACGGCAGCGCCUCUCCGCACAUCACGAAAGAGAACAUUGACUCCUUCAACUAUUUUCAGCUCUUCGGUCUCACCCUACCAGUCGACAGCGCGAGCAGCAGCGCCGCCGAUGACGUCGAUGUAGCGACGAUUCGACGCGUCUACCGCCGCCUGAGUCUGCGCUUUCAUCCCGACAAGGACGACUCCGCAGAGGCGCGGCACGCCUUCGAGGUGGUGCAUACCGCGCUCGAAACCGUCAUCGAUGCGGCGAAGCGGGCGGUGUAUCUCAACGAUCUCAGCGAUGCAGACGGCAAACAGAAGAGGAGCAGUAAGACGACGGACGAAGACGCACGCCAGCGGCAGCGCACGCAGCAGGCGCAGGAAGAAGCACAGUGGGCAGCGGAUCUGCUCGCGCAGCGCGAGCAGCAGCGUCGGGCAAAGGAGGCCGCAGCCCGUCAAGCAGCGCAGGAGCGCGAGGAGGCGGCACAGCGACUCCUGUCCGAGUUGACGAGUACGUUGCACACACCCUUUCAGCAGAUGGAGGCGGAGCUCGUGCGGGACUGGGAUGUGGACGAGGAAAUUGUGGCCAUGAAGACGAAGGAGGUGAUGAAACUGCUCCGACAGCUCGCACCGGCAGGACAUGCCAGUGACUCGGAGGAGAGCGCGGAUGGAGAUGCCGCUGAAGUGAAUGCCGGCAGCUCUCGUAAGCGUGGCCGGGAGACUGCGGAGAAGCUCUAA